CACACACACACACACACACACACACACACACACACACACACACACACUCACUCUUUAGCAUCCAGACCUGACACACAGAUGUCUAGUGAGGAUAACUAGCUUUAAACGGCAGAAAACUAUGGAGAUCAGGAGUCAACGUAGCAGAGAAUAUUUGGAAGAGGAAGAAUUUGAAGUCGCAUAUGAUUUUACUUGACACACACAUACACUUUAGCACCCAGACUUAACACGUAGGGAAGGAUAGUGAGGUUUAAAGGCCAGAUAACUAUUCACAAGAGAAGAUAACAUAGGUGGGAAUCAUUCAGAAAGUGGAAAUAUAUAAGUGAUUUGAUUUGAAGUUGCCCAUGUGUGUUUUUUCACCUCAAGAACACGUCCAUCCUUCUCCAGCACCCGUGUUAGAUGAAAAGUGAAGGCCCAGGCACGUGUCACCAUUCUGAGGAGUAACGCAGCGGAGAGGUGUAAGAGAUGACAGCUUUGGCGAGGCGCUGGACGCUGGACUCUCAGCUUCUGGUGGCCAUACAGAACAAUGACGUCCCUCGUGCUCACCAACUCUUCCAGGCCGGCGUGGACACAGAUACUCGGUUCUCCAUCAACUCUCAGAAGCGUCCUGCCCUCUGUCUGUGCGUGGAGAACAAUGCGUGGGACAUGGUUCAGCUCUUGGUGGAGUUAGGUGUGAGCAUCAACCAGGGUGACUCAGUGGGCCUAACUCCCCUCCACAUCGCCUGCACACACGGCUACCCUGACCUGGCAGGGCUGCUCCUCAAGGCUCGGGCAAACGUGAAUGCUCGGACACAACAAAGUCGCACACCCCUCCACCUGGCAGCCACGAGAGGCAACCCAGCCAUAGUUGAGUUGCUGAUAUCCCGAGGAGGCAACGUGAAUGCUCUUGACGAGGAUGGCUGCACACCUCUCCACUACGCUGCUUCCUCUGCUAACUCAGAGAUCGUAGAGCUCCUGUUAGCAGCCCAGGCAUGUCCCUCACAAGUUGACAUCCAUGGCAACACACCGCUACACUACGCUGUUGACGUCAAUGGUGUGAGUGCCUCCACUGUAAGGAAGCUGUCCCGCGCUUGUCAUGAGGCCGCCUGUGUUGCAAACAGUGGCAUGGAGACGCCUCUGCACAUUGCCAUCAGGAGUGGCCGGCAAGAUGCAGAGGACAUUCUCCGAGCCCUCCUGGAAGUGUCCACCAAGGCGGCCAUGAACACCCGUGGCUCCCUGGGACACACUCCACUACACAUCGCUGUCCUGGAGCACCGCCUCAACCUGCUGCGGCUGCUCCUCACGGCGGGGGCGGACACCAACACUGAGGACCACCUGGGACACACGCCGCUAGUGUCUGCAGCGAGGGACGAGACGCUGGGUGCUGUGGCCCUGCUGGUGGCUGGUGGGGCACGCACCAAACAGUUGAUACAAGGCGGUGUUGUGGAGAGUGAGAUACACGACGUGGGCAUUCGCACAGUGCUCGAGGAAGCCACGAGGCAACCGCAACGACUCUCAGGACUCUGCCGGCGGGCCAUCACCUUUCACCUUGGUCCCACCGCCCUCCCUACGCUUGAAGGGGCGGCCCUGCCAACCGUGUGGCGAGAGUUCCUCACCUUCCAGUCACUCAACCUUUAAGUAGUUGUAGUGAAUCCUCCAUACGGGUUGUUACGGCCAUGUAUUAAACAACCUCAUCUGUGGAUCUGAAGUUUCUCAUGCUUACAAGUUCCUGUGUCAGGGCUUCUCAUCAUGUUAAAUUAUUGGGCAUUAAGAGCAAGGAAGUACUUGUAUAAUGUAGACAAGUAAGCAACCUCCAGUACUAAGACUUGGGCAUUACUGUUAUACCUUGCAUUCCCAUAGAACACUGCAGCAUAUAUUAUCUUAAAGAGUCAAUACUGAUAGUGACCAUUUAUGUAGAGAUGUAUGAAUGUCACCAGGAAACAAUUGAAAUAGACUUUUCAUUUGGUUCUGUGCAGGCUUCUACACAACUGUUUCAUGGGCAUCGUUUUCCUGCUCCCAUGAAGAGCAUCUUAGCUGCAGGGUGUUACUAUUCAGGGUAGGCAGCAGCAUGCCUAGACAUUAUGAUGCGAUAGUAGAAUUUUGUUAAAUCCAUAUUUAUAGCAUUUGUUGCAGCUAACACCAUUGCAUGUACAUGAAUGUAUACAUGAGACAAGUAAAUGCUUUUACCUGGCUUUGGGCAUUGGCAAUCAGUAACUGUGAGAAGUGGCUGGGCACUGAGAGGCCAGCGGGAGCGUUAAGGUGUGGGAUGCAAGCGCUGUGUUGUUUACAUGUCUUUCAGGUUGCAGUUUAUUGUUGACUUUAAUACUUGUUGUCACGAUAUGUAUUUAUUUAAGGCUUGUAACUUAUGCUCAUGGAAAAUAUAUUUUUUCAAGUAUUAUACUGAACCCUACCUCUAAGACCUCUCAUAGACUAAGGGAGACUUCCCAGUCAAUGUCAUACAAUCAGUAAUAUAAUUUAUUACUCAUUUUUUGUGUUACUCCUUUGUCUCCUUUGUCUCAUUAAAGUUUCAAACUAA